GCACAGCCUGCUGGGCGGCCACGCGCCGGUGCACAUAAAAUCGCGCUUGAGCGACAAGGUUGCCGGCGAGGAGAUAAAAGACACACUCGCCGCCGGGGCGGUUGUCUCUUCGUGAUCGGCAGCCCAGACGACAGGAUGGCCGCCACCCAGGCAAAGGCCCUGACCAGGGCCGCAGUACUGCUGCUCCUGGUGUGCACCCUCUGCGUGGACGCCCAGUGGUACAGCAGGAGACGCUCCCAGCAGCAGCAGGCUCAGCCUACGGCUCAGCAGACGAGCAGCGGCGGCGGCAACGGCUACGGCAGCAGGAGCAGCAACAGUGGCUCCAGCGGAGGCUCCAGCGGCUCGGGGUCCAAUGGCUCCAGCGGCAAUGGCUCCAGCGGCAGUGGCUCCAACUCCAGCGGCGCCACCCCCGCCAGCAACGACCCCACCGUGGACGUGUCGUGCCCGCGCUCCAGGUCGCCGUCUUGCCAGGGCGUGCCGCCGCCCUUCCGGCCCAACGACGGCUCGUGCCACAAGGCGGACCGCGUGCUGGGCAUGUCCGGCACGCCCUACACCAGGGUGCGCAGGCCCGUCUACGCCGACGGAGUCCACGCGCCACGCGUGGGUGUGACCAGGGCCGCGCUGCCCAGCCCGCGCGAGGUGGUGAACCGCCUGCACAUCGACGUGGACGUGCCCAACCCCGUGGUGAACCACUUCUUCAUGAACUGGGGCCAGCUGGUGGCGCACGACAUCACGCUGCUGGACACGGCCUUCCCCGAGGCCAACUCGGGCUGCUGCGCCGAGUCGCUGCGCGCCGCCAACCGCGCCACCAUCACGUGCGCGCGCAUCGACAUCCCCAACAACGACCCCUUCUUCCGCCGCCACGGCGUCACCUGCCUCGGCGUGCAGCGCUCCGCCUCCAACACGUGCCAGACCAGCUGGCGCGAGCAGAGGAACAUGGUGACGCACUACUUGGACGCGUCCCACGUGUACGGCUCGGACCCCACCAAGGCGCGCAACCUCCGCGCCAACCAGGGCGGCCUGCUGCGCUUCCGGACCAUCAACGGCGAGCAGCACCUGCCCGCCGACCCUCAGGGCGACCUGUUCGCCGGUGACAUCCGCGUGGUGGUGACGGCCAUGCUGUCCGCCGUGCACACCACGCUGCUGCGCGAGCACAACCGCAUCGCCCGGACGCUGGCCGGCCUCAACCCGCACUGGGACGACGAGCGCCUCUACCAGGAGGCCAGGAGGGUGGUCAUCGCCCAGUGGCAGCAGAUCACCUACCGCGACUGGCUGCCGUGGCUCAUCGGCCACGACGCGGUGGCGCGCAACAACCUGCGGCCCGCGCAGAGCGGCUACAGCCAGGCCUACAGCGCGCAGACCGACCCCAGGACGGCCAACGACUUCGCCAGCGCCGCCUUCCGCUCCUUCCACUCCCUCAUCCAGAACAACAUCUGGCUGGGGCGCUCCGGCAGACAGGCGGGCACCGUGGUGGACACCCCCGCCGCCAUCGUGCUGCAGAACAACAUGGUGCAGGCCGUGGUGGAGGGCAUGCUGUACCAGCCCAGCCAGGAGCAGGACCAGUACAUGGCGGACCAGAUCAAGAACCGCAUGUUCGCCAACGGCGCGGCGUUCGGCGGCGACCUCAUCUCCACCGACAUCAUCCGCGGCCGCGAGCACGGCCUGCCCAGCUACAACGACUACCGCCAGACGUGCGGCUUGCGCAGGGCCACCAGCUGGAACGGCUUCUCGGACCUCAUCAGCGCCAGGAACAUCCAGCUGCUGCAGACGCUGUACGCGCACCCCGACGACGUGGACUACUACGUGGGCGGGCUGCUGGAGCGUCGCUUCGACACCUCCAACACGGCCACCAUCACGUCCCCCGUCUUCCAGUGCGUCGUCGUGGACCAGUUCCGGCGCUACAAGGAGGGCGACCCCUACUUCUACGACCUGGCCAGCAGCCCGCGCCCCUUCACACCGGCGCAACUGCAGGAGAUUCGUAAGCAGACGGCGUCAAAGCUGAUGUGCGACAACAUACGCGGCCUCAACACCGUUCCCAGAAACGCUUUCCUCAAGAUCGGCGUCCAGGGGAACUCCGAAGUGCAGUGCUCGCAGCUGCCGGGGAUGGACUUCACCCCCUGGCAGGAGAACCGCAGUGGCAGCCAGCAGGGCAGCCAGCAGAGCAGCCAGCAGCGACAGAGCAGCCAGCGACAGACCAGCGGCACCAACAGCCAACAGCGACAGAGCUCCCAGCAGCGGAACGCACAGCGAGGCUGGUGGGGCUAGACCCACUGCCAGGCCCCCCGAACAUCAAAGUGGGCGCUCCAAAAGUAUCGGCGCGAUUUGGAGAGCUCACUUCGAACGACUGAAUCAACGUGUCAAAUAAAGUUUAGUCUACUAUUUAUUGUU